GUUGGUUAUAGCUAUUAUUUAUAAUAAUCUUGUUAUAUGAAUGAGUCUAGGAGCACACAUACUUGAAAUAUUAAUCUAUCUCUGUAAAUCUAUUUCCUUGAUCAAUUUCUAGACGGCUUUACAGCAUCUGAGCCAGGAGGAGAGGGAUGUCCUCCUUCAGUCGGUGGUGACUCGUCUUCCAGGGGUGAUGCUGGACAUCCUCGAGUUCCGGCACCAGACACCAGGACCACAUCAUCCAGACACAGGGCAGCCUGCGUGAUGCACCUGCUUGAACUGCCGACGCAUGCCAACACAGUUGGAAAACCUGUGCUGUCGGCAGGCUCCAGACCAGUGUCUGAGCAGGAGUGCCCACCUGGAGCUGUACUGUCUGGAUGAGGGUAUGCUGCGUCUGGUGAGGAUGACGUGGAACGACAUCUUCGCUCUGGAGGACAGUCAAGAAGUGGGCAGUGACAAUCGAGAGUUUCGGUUCGCUGCCUACCGGCAAUUCACCAUCUGGCAACAUGGGCGUCUGGGAGGAGGCAACCGGAGACCAAUACCAAGCUGCUGUGUCCUAAGAAUCAGGGCUAAAUUUCCCGACCCAUUUGGGCAGUACACGGGAUACAAGGAAGCCCCAUUUAGGGUGGCUGACUAAAAGA